GUUGUAUGAUUGGUAGAAGCCCAGCAUCCUCCAUGCUUCCUGUCAGACAGUUACAUUUGUAGAGAUUCUCGCAUGGCUGGCAGCAGGAUGAAGCUGGAGCUGUCCCGUGUAGUUCAGGGAAGAUGUCGGCUGGGAGUCCUGAAGGAGCUCGGCAGGACGGGGCAGCAGUCUCUGGAAGUCCCGGGAUGUCUGCUGCACACACACCUGGGCACAGUGCCCCACCUCACCCAGGACUCAAUGCAGACCCUGAGCAACCUCCCCUCUGUCACCCAGGUCACCCUGUCCCAUAUAGCAGAGCAUCAAGAAGUAUUGGAGGAGUUUAAGGAUGGAUUCAAGAAGUUUGCAGAUCUUCGUGAUACUGUGUUGUACUGCUCGCUUCACGACCCUGCGACUCCCUGCCCAACGGGUUACACCACUAACAAGACGGUGUCAGUGUGGGGCAGCGGUGGGCGGAUAGAGCUGACGGUGGCUAAGUUCAUGGCUCUCCAGAAGACCGUGCAGCCAGACUGGUACCAGAGCAUGGCAGAUGGAGAGACUUGGCAGAACAACACCUCCCGCAAAAGGGUUCGAAAAUCAGUGGAUCGAACUCUUGCCCACUUGGAUGAGUGUCUGUUGGAGCACCAAAAAUCACAGGAGUUGGAGGGAGUCGAGGUGUUCGGGGUGGUGGAGGGAGGAGACAUUCUGGAAGAAAGGGUACGCUCAGGCAGGGAGACAGCCAAGAGGCCUGUGGCCGGAUUCUGCCUGGACGGCCUGCAGACGGGCUGCAUGGACCAGAACCUGAGGAACCAGCUCAUCACUGCUGUGACCAAGGAGCUGCCUGAGGACAAACCAAGACUGCUGCAGGGUGUUGGACGACCGGAUGAGGUGCUGGCAUGUGUGGAGGCCGGUGUGGACCUGUUCGAGGGUUUCUUCCCCUUCCAGGUGACAGAGCGAGGCUGUGCUCUUUGCUUCAGCUUCGACAUCUCCCCGGACCCAGAGCUCGCAGAUAGAGCGCCCCCUACAGUGCUGGAGCUGGAGGAAGAGAGGGACACGUCGGGAGAGACUCAACAGAAUGGAGAUUUAAAUCCUGAUGAUCAAUUGCGGAUGACGUCUUUUGAGAUCAAUCUCAAAGACAAGAGAUACAAAGAUGACUUCAGGCCCCUGGUUGAGGGGUGUGGCUGCUACUGCUGUAAGAACCACCAGAGGGCGUACCUGCACCACCUGCUGGUGACCAAUGAGCUGCUGGCUGGAGUCCUGCUAAUGAUCCACAACACAGCCCACUAUCAUGCCUUCUUCGGCGCCCUGAGAGAAGCUCUGGCCAAUGAUAAACUGGACAUCCUUAAGAGACGAGUACUUAGGGAGGGAGGCGGGCAGGCAGAAAUAAAUGCCUAAGACUGAUCAAUCAGAAUGAUUGGAUAGGGAUUGAUCCUGCUUUUCCUCUCAAGGAUCACUGGACUGACAUGGCCAGAUUCCAUCAAAGCAUCUGCCUUACUACUGCAGAGACCUUGAGACCAAGUGCCUCCAUAUGUCUCAGAAGCACAUUUUAAAAAGAGGAGGAUGAAAAGACAUCACAGCAUAUAAAGACGACCAUUUGAUGUUUGUCCCUUGGGUUUCACACCAGGAGAUACUUCCUUCAGCUUGUGUAUUGAUCAGAGCAGAUAGCCAGGAGAAGUCAGGGCGAGGUGGCUGUGAAAAAGGCAAGACAGGAGGUCAAGAGGGAAUUUGCAUAAAGAAAGAAAUAUGAAGAUGGAUGGUUGUGUACUAUCGACAAAGAAUCCCUUUGAGCUUUCUGUUGUGGUCUGAUUAUUGUAGUCUAAUAUCCUCUGGAUUGACAGAGUAUAGUUACAGUAAAGGAAAAACUUACUGAAAUAGAUCUUUCUUUUCUCCUGUUUUACAUUACAAAGUCAUGUGUAUAAUAGGAUCUGCUUGAAUCAUUUUAUACUUUAUUCUUAUCUAUUGGUCAAACAAUUGUAAUGCGUCUUGUGCUCCAUGAAUAUCUUUUAAUGUUUUUGUCGGAUUAGCUUCUCACACACGUAGUUUGACUUCUUCUUGUUGUCAAACCUACUGAAUAACCAGCAUGUAUGAUGAGAUUGUGUCACAUUAAAC